CGCUACGCGUGGGAUUGAGGAAUACAGACCAGCAUGAGCCAGCUGCAAAGACGGCAAUGAGUGCUUGAGCUUGAUGGAAGCCUUUCUUGAUAGCCUUCAAAGCAGUCUUGCUUUGAGCGAUGAACAGAUCAAAGACUACACUUCAGCACUGCGACCACAAAUCACUGCAGACUAUGCACAAGAUGAGUCCAUGAUGCUGCCAUCUUUCGUGUAUGCGAGACCAUCGGGGAAUGAGAGAGGUGAGUUUCUGGCCAUUGAGCUCGGCGGCACGAUGCUGCGACUGGCCAUCGUUGGACUCUCUGGUUUAGCAUGCGCGUCAGAGUUCAAGCGCAGCAAAUCAUGGUCUGUACCAGAUGCAUUCAAGGUGACUGGAUCUGGACGAGAUCUGUUUCACUGGAUUGCUCAGCGCGUGUCGGAAGUGAUUGGCAUUGAAAACCAUCGCAAGUGGAAAGCAGGCUUCACAUUCAGCUUCCCAGUACAAGAGACAAGCAUCUCCACCGGGCAAAUCAAGCUCAUGGGUAAAGGGUUUGCCUCUGCCGAUGACGAGAAUGAAUGUAUCAAUGUAUGCUUGAGCGAAGCGUUGAAGAGCAUCGGGGUCAAUGUUGAGCUUUGUGCAAUUCUGAAUGAUUCUAUUGCCACUUUGCUAGCGCAAGCGUACACGACACCCGGAAAGACUUCACUCUCGCUGAUACUCGGCACCGGCUGCAAUAGUGCAGCGUUUGCCUGCUCGUCACUUUUCGAGGCGAAGCUCAAGAAUAGAGGCUUGAUCGAUGGGCAGAGCGUCGUUGCCGUUAAUUGCGAGCUAUCCAUGUUUGGCAAAAUGCAGCUUCCCUGGACCAAAUACGACCAUGAGGUUGAUCAAACCAGCACAAGGCCUGGCUAUCAGCCAUUAGAGCAAUUCACAAGCGGCAGGUAUCUCGGGGAACUCGUCAGGCGCAUUUGGCUCGACUGCCCUGGCAGAAGCUCCGUCUGCCCAAAAGGCUUCGAUAAGGCAUUUGGACUAUCUGGAAGGAUAGUGUCUGGUGUUGAGAUGGAUACGACUCCCACUUUGGAUUUUGCCAUCGCCCUCCUCAACGAGUAUCAUGCCCUGCCUGGAUCGUGGUCUCACACUGACGUUUUGCUCUUGCGCUCAAUCGCCUUGCUUGUGUCAAACAGGUCCGCCGCCCUCAUUGCUGCAAGUCUCGUGGCACUUGGACAAGCUUUGGAAGUUUUAAACACUGACUCCAUCGUCAUACCUUGCUGUGGCGCCGUUCUUGAGCGACACGCGAAUUACCUCCUCAGGUGUCAAGCACACUUGAAUAGGUUGAGACCAGGUAUCAAGCUACAACCAAUACAAGAUGCUGGUCUUUUGGGUGCAGCCGUCUCGGCAGCGAUGCAAGAAUCUCUAUGGUGAUAGCGCUGGUAGGAUCAGCCCACUACACUCUCCAAAGCCAACGUUGCCAGAGUCUGUGCUUGCCAUGCCUCGCAUGAUAACCGUGUCGCCAUCUCGCAGAAAGUCUUGCAGACCGAGCUUGUUUUGCAAAGGCUUCUUGCCAUUCUCGCUAGCCUCAAGAAGACUGCCCAUGGCGCUGGUCCCUUCUCCUGAAAUGGUACCGGAACCUAGCAAGUCACCACAACGCAUGGGACAGCCAGUACUGGUGUGGUGAGCCAGCAUCUGUGGAAAGUUGUAGAGCAAGUUGUCAGACGAGGCACUUCCGAUCAGUUCUUCCUCUCCAUCAGCUAUCAGUUAGCAUUUGAGCAGCAUAGACGCAUAGCAAACCUUGAAUCGAA